GGUCCCUUUUCUCCUGAGAACCCAGCCAGAGAGCAGCUCAACUGAUGUUUCUUCCAAGGCAAAUCUGAGGAUCUGUGUCAGUCAUUUUAGAAACUGCAACAUUUGUAUUUCACUGCGUCUCCUGUUACCCUCAUCCUUGACAUUUCUACCGUUUCUUAUGGGACGUUUGAUUAUAUUUGCAAUUGUGGUUGUGUUUUCGUUCUCGUCAUCACCGUCACCACCAUCAUCAUCAUCAUCAUCAUUAUUAUCACUGCCCUCCUUUUUCUCAUCAUUUAAAGGUGCCAGCAUUUGAUGAUCCUGCAGACAUGUACUUGGAAAACAAGAACAACCUAGAAGUGGAACUAACACAAAAGGGAGCCCAGAGUAACCAGAGCCACAGAAAAUCUAAAGCUGUGGCCAACAAUUUUGGUGGACUGAGGCUACUCGAGGGCUUCUCUGAAAUGAGAGAGACCGUUACUCCCAGUCACUGUGUUGUCUAUGAAGAGGACUUCAGCCCAGUCCAUGAAGAAGAGAGCAAUAACUUCAGUGUAAUUAAAUUCCUGAAAGGCAAGACCAAGAGAAGUGGUUACAAUGAGAAAUCUCCAUUGCUGAAAAUGUCUUCUGAAGAUGAAGGUAUUACUUAUAUGGCACUUCACGAUCCCACUUUCACAAAUGGAGAUGAAUCUUGGGAAAGCAGUUCUGCAGAGCUGGAAAAAAGGUGUCAUCUUGGAAGUGAAGUUACAAGUCUUUCAAGAUCUACUUCCACUGAGAAAUCUGAUCCACUGGAUAACCUUAAUUUAAACUUCACUCUGUCCAACAGUUUAAGGUAUUGCUUAAGCAUUUGCAAAAUAUCCACUAUUUUUGCCAUCGUUAUCAUCUGUUCACUACUUUUCAGCAUGUACCCUGAUCGUGAAAGCCCCUGGCAAAUGAUUGCUGUUUCAUCUGAUGAACGCUUUUCUAUGAAUCUAACAGAGUUCAGAGACAAUGCCCUUUUAAAAGUCCAAGUGGCAGGACCCUUCAUUGAUAAUAUGGCUGGUGAGACAACGGAGGAGUACGUUGUUGUCCAGGUGGAGCAGAAUGAAGAAGCUGGGUCAAGGAGGAGACGCCCCCAGCAGGUACUUUACAACUGGACCAUACCAGUAAAUUCCCAAAGAAAUGAUCAGAUACUGAAAACUAGGACCUUUGAGGUAACCAACAGUGGCCCCAUCUCUAUAAGCAUCCAGGCACUUCUGCAGGACACUCAGGUUGUUCCAUUGUCGAUGAGCCUUCAGUCCCUCUAUGCCAGUGUGGAGACUCAAGUUGUAAUCGCAGGAGUCAUCCUAGCUGGAGUUUAUGCUCUUAUUAUAUUUGAGAUUGUUCACAGGACCCUUGCUGCUAUGCUGGGAUCUCUGGCUGCUUUGGCUGCCCUGGCUGUCAUUGGAGAUAGACCAAGUCUGGUAAUGGUGGUGGAGUGGAUUGAUUACGAAACACUGGCACUUUUGUUUGGCAUGAUGAUUUUGGUGGCAAUAUUUUCCGAGACAGGAUUCUUUGACUACUGUGCAGUAAAGGCUUAUCAGCUGUCCCGAGGAAGAGUGUGGCCAAUGAUCAUUAUCCUGUGCCUCAUUGCAGCAAUUCUUUCGGCCUUUCUUGACAAUGUUACCACAAUGCUACUCUUCACCCCAGUAACUAUAAGGUUGUGUGAGGUGCUUAAUCUAGACCCCAGACAUGUCCUGAUUGCAGAAGUAAUCUUCACAAACAUUGGAGGAGCUGCCACAGCUGUCGGGGAUCCACCGAAUGUGAUUAUAGUCUCAAACCAGGACCUGCGGAAGAAAGGGAUUGAUUUUGCUGCAUUUACAGGACAUAUGUUUCUUGGGAUAUGUCUCGUUCUUCUGACAUCGUUUCCUUUUCUACGAAUGCUUUUCUGGAACAAAAAACUAUACAACAAGGAACCUAGUGAGAUUGUUGAACUGAAGCAUGAAAUUCUUGUGUGGAGACUAACGGCUCAACGCAUUAACCCUGCCAGUCGAGAAGAGACAGCUGUAAAAUAUCUCUUAAUGCAAAAAGUGCUCACUUUGGAAAGCCUUUUGCGAAAGAAGCUUAAAACCUUUCAAAGGCAAAUUUCACAAGAAGACAAAAACUGGGAGACAAAUAUUCAAGAACUACAGAAAAAGCACAGAAUAUCUGACAAAAUCCUUUUGGUCAAAUGCAUUUCUGUCCUGGGAGUUGUUAUUUUCACAUUCUUUCUCAAUUCUUUUAUUCCUGGUAUACAUCUUGAUCUUGGAUGGAUAGCUAUGUUGGGAGCUCUAUGGCUGCUGGUUCUAGCUGAUAUUCAAGACUUCGAGAUCAUUCUGCACCGGGUGGAAUGGGCGACCCUGUUGUUUUUUGCUGCGCUCUUUGUUCUGAUGGAGGCUCUGGCCCAACUCCAACUGAUUGAUUAUAUUGGACAGCAAACGGCUGUUUUGAUAAAGGCUGUACCCGAGGAUCACCGCCUGGCAAUCGCUGUUAUUUUGGUGAUUUGGGUUUCUGCUCUGGUGUCAUCUCUCAUUGAUAACAUCCCUUUCACCGCCACGAUGAUUCCAGUGCUCCUUAAUCUUAGUCAAGAUGCUGAUGUGAACUUACCAGUGAAGCCUCUCAUUUUUGCACUAGCAAUGGGGGCUUGCCUUGGAGGAAAUGGUACACUAAUUGGGGCCUCUGCAAAUGUGGUGUGUGCUGGAAUUGCUGAGCAACACGGUUAUGGAUUUUCCUUCAUGGAGUUCUUUAGGUUGGGAUUCCCCAUGAUGCUCAUGACCACGACAGUCGGUAUGUUCUAUCUCCUGGCCAUUCACGUUGGACUUGGCUGGAACACCUAAGCCCACCUCAGUCAAGGACCAAAGAAAACAGCCUGUGUGUUUUUCUUUUCAUGAUAUGCUUUCACAAUCUCUGAAAUAAAGGAGACUGAUCCCCUGAGACGAAUUGCAGCCCAAUGUUCGAUCACAUUCCAGGUUUAAUUGUACAAUAUACUGUACAAAGUAGUUGUGUGUUCUGGACAGCCAAGUCUUUUUUUGUUCGUGUGUCUUGUAUUCCACUUAACAACAUAAGGGAAGAAAUGACAAUUUGUGCUACAAGCCUACACCAUACUAUAUUUUUAGAUGCUACUCAUUUAAUUUUUUUAAGAACUGGGGUAGGUAUCAUCCCUUAUGGAAGGUUGUGGCUUAUAUUUACCAGCAGGAACUAACAAUUUGAAUGUAUUAUUGUACUGAGUUUAAGAAAGUUUUAUUUUCACCUUAAAAUGAAAAGGUCAGCCACAAAUGUAGAAACUAUAACUAUAACAAAACGUAUAUAAAAAAACAAGUCAUCUGGAGUUGAGAACUCUUUACUUUUUGUUUCUGUAUAGGAACUUUUGGAAAUCCAUAAAUUAAUUUGAAGGCACCACAAAAAAGUACUGAAAUGGAUUUAUAUUUUUUGUCUUGUUUUAAUUCAGUUCUUGAAAACAUAAGAAUUGAUUUAGGUCAUUUUGCCUAAUUUUGAUUCUUUACUCAGUUCUUUUUCUCUGGUGUCAUGCAUUACAGAAUUCUCACUCGUGAUGUUGUCAAAGAACAACAUUAAUAAUUUAGGAAAAUAUUAAACAGAAUAAGUCUUUAACACAAAAAGUCUUCUACACAAAAAGACUUUAAAAACAAAUGAAAUAUUAGAAAAAGAUGUGUUAUACUCAGAAGCAGUUCUUAAACCUUUUUUAAAAAUUUGAUGUAUUAGGGCUUCUGGUUUUCAACAAGAGUGCUGCUUGGGAUGACUUAUUCUUCCACUUGUCACCCACCUGGCUCUGCAGCUACAUGAAUUUAUCUGGUGUAUUAGUUGAUCUGUGGCUGUGUCUUUCUUCAAACUUCAUUGCUCAUGGGAGAAUGUACUUCCUGAGGGCAUAGAACCAUGCUACCUCCAGAACCAGACAACAUGCCUUACCAUUAGCUUCAUAGGGUUCUAGGGGAAGUUUUCAUUUUUACACACACCAACUCCUUUUGGGAUAAUUGAUAACCAUAGCCUUUUUGGGGAGAUUUAUCAGUUUAUUCACUGAGACAGCACCCUUUCCUCUAGGUUGCCUACAUAUAGCUACCCCUUAUCAUACCUCCAUUUCUUGGGCAUGCUCCCUUGUUACUGCUUCUUAUGGGGUUAGAGCCUCAAAGAUACACACUCACUUGCCUGGCCAGUCAGGGAGUCCUGAAUCUCCAACACACCAAACCCUCUCCAGGAUUUGUGCAAAACUUUAUCCCCUUCCAAAUGAUAGAAAGAUUCUGUCCUUGGCUCUUCUUUCCCUCAAUACUUCUGUAACGCUGAGCCUAAAUCUUGCAGGCUGAUCCUGUUUGGCCUGUUGACACUUCUCAAUGUCAAAUGCAGUAGCAGUUGGGUUAGCUGUGACCGUCCCUCACAUCAUCCAGCUUUGCCCAAACUAGCAGAUGCAGAUACCACUUCCACAAGAGAGCACCAACCUCUUUUUUCAUAGCAGCAAACUAGAAAGUGAGUUUACUGGUGGUGGCUGAAGGUAACUGUCAGGGAAACAAACUGUGCAUUUACUCUCAUGUAUGUAAUGCUCAGCUAACAUUUUUCCUCCUGAAGGUUGGAGCAGUUUUUAUACUGUCACUCUUUAAUCCAUGGAGUACUCAUUGGGAAACCAAACUAUGUUUUUCCCAUGUGUUUUAGCUAUAUCCAUAAAUACCCCCCAACUGAGAGACUAACCUUUAGCUUCCUCUUCGGUGCGGACUCUCAUCACCCAAACAAGUGGUCCUGACAGACAGACUAAUCUAAUCGAGGCUGGUCUAACGGGGAGGCUCCUUUUCCUGAGUUCUUAAAGAGAAACACAAUUAGAAUCAAACACAGCAGAACACUUUGUUGCACCUAUGUACAAAUGUCCAUACCUAUUUUUCUUAAAACCAUCUUUAAGCUGCCUUACAGACAUCUACACCAACAAGAUUGUUCAGAGUGACAGCUUCUCCAUUAAACUUGAAAAAGUAAGCUUUAUAACAUUGGUUAGAUUUAAAGUAGAAUGUUAUUGGCAUAACAGGUACAGUAUUAAAACAUUCUUUUUAGUGCUUUAACUAAAUUUGGACUGACCAGUUGUGAAAUAAAGUGAUACUGUUCUUCCAAUGUAAGUACACUGAACAUGAUCGCAAACAAUAAAACAUUUAGCAAA